AUGGGAGCAGGUAACCACACAGUCAUUUCAAACUUCAUUCUCCUGGGACUUUCAGAAGAUAAGGACAUGGAGCCCUUCCUCUUCGGGGCAUUCCUGUUCAUGUACUUGGUGGGUGUUACAGGGAACCUCAUCAUCAUCUUGGCUGCCAUCUCUGACCCACACCUCCACACCCCCAUGUAUUUCUUCCUCUCCAACCUGUCCUUCGUUGACGUCUGUUUCACCUCCACCACCGUCCCCAAGAUGCUGGCAAACAUUCAGACACAGGAUAAAGCCAUCACCUACGAAGGCUGUCUUGUCCAGAUGUACUUUUUCAUGAUUUUUGCAGGGCUGGAUGACUUACUUCUGACAGUGAUGGCCUACGACCGUUUUGUGGCCAUCUGUAACCCCCUGCACUACACCGUCGUCAUGAACCCAAGGCUCUGUGGCCUCUUGCUCCUGCUCUGCUGGUGGAUCUGCCUGACGUAUUCUUUGCUGCAGAGUCUGAUGGUCCUGAGAGUGUCCUUUUGCACAGAGAUAGAAAUCCCCCACUUCUUCUGUGAACUUCAACAGUUCCUCAAGCUUGCCUGUUCUGACACCUUCGUCAAUGACAUCCUGCAGUAUUUUGUUACUGGCCUAUUGGGUGUAAUUCCCCUGAUGGGAAUCCUUUUCUCUUAUUCUAGAAUUCUCUCUUCUAUCAUGGGUAUUUCCUCAACCCGGGGAAAGUAUAAAGCAUUUUCUACCUGUGGGUCUCACCUCUCUGUCAUCUCUUUGUUCUAUGGUGCAGGCCUUGGGGUCUACCUCACGUCUGGAGCAGCUCAUCCAUCCAGGAAGGGUUCGGUAGCCUCAGUGAUGUACACGGUGGUCACCCCCAUGCUAAACCCCUUCAUCUACAGCCUGAGAAACAGGGACAUUAAGGAUGCACUAAGAAGACUUUUCAGCAGAGUUUGUUCUCUGUAAAAUGGUGGAAAGACAAAUAACGGUGGCACACCUGGUUGAGCACACAUUACAAUGUGCAAGGAUCCAAGUUCAAGCCCCCUCAGCCUCCACCUACAGGGGUAAAGCUUUGCAAGUGGUGAAGGCAGGGCUGCAGAUGUCUCUCUCCCUCCUCCUCCCUUCUCUCAAUUUCUGGCUGUCUCUAUACAAUAAAAAUAAAGAUGAGUGCAUGUUACAGUGCGCA